AUGCGUAUCCGCCAUGUACACGCGCUGGUAGAAAAAGUGGAGCAGCAACAGCAGCAGCAGCAACAGCAGCAGCAACAGCAGCAGCAGCAGCAGCUGUUACAGGCCGAUGUCUGCGUGUGCGGGUGGGUGGUGUCUCUCCGUGAAGGCAGCGGAGGGUCUCUUAUGUUUCUCGACGUGUCUGACGGCUCAUGUGCUCAGCCUUUGCAGUGCCUAGUUCCAGCAGCAGCAGCAGACGCAGCAGCAGAUGCAGCAGCAAUGGCAGCAGUAGUUGAGGAAAAAGAAGGGCAUGCAGCGCCGCGAGGGCGGAGACUUAGGAGAGGGGACUCCAUCUGCGUGAGGGGCGAUUUGGUCCUCGUCAAAGAUAGAAGACACAAGGUCGAGCUGAGAGUCCCUCCCCACAGCAGCAACAGCAGCAGCAGCAGCAGCAACAGGAGCAACAGCAGCAGCAGCAGCAGCAGCACGGGUAGGCAUGAGGAGCCUUUUCUAUCUGUACAGACGUGGGAGCUUCAUGGAGGAGACGAUCGCCCCCUGUCCAGCUCUGCGCAAACCUCAGCAGUCCCGGCAGCAGCCCCAGCAGCAGCCUCAGCAGCAGCAGCAGCAGCAGCAGCCCCAGCAGCAGCAGCAGCAACCAGGACAGACGUGCUGCGCUACCCACUGCCAGUGCGGGGAGCCUCGCUGGAGUUCUGCAGGCAAAAAGGCAUUGGCUUUAGAGCUCGACAUCCACUUUUUGCUGCAGCUUCGCGCAUUCGGGCUGAGACAGAAAAGUGCCUUCUGGACUUUCUCGACGCUCAAGGGUUCCUGAGAGUGCGGACUCCCAUCCUCACGGGUCUGGACUGUGAAUCGUCGGGUGACACUUUCACUGUUUGUUCUCCUAGGGACGCUCCCCGCAGCAGCAGCAGCAGCAGCGACAGCAGCAGCAGCAGAAGCAGCAGCAGACUGCUGCUGGGAAAGCCCAUGUUUCUCAGUGUUUCUGGCCAGCUCCCCCUCGAGGCUCUUUCCUGGGGCCUGGGAGAUGUUUACUCUCUUUCGCCAGCCUUUAGAGCGGAAAAUUCAAAUACGCAGCGUCACUUGUGUGAAUUCUGGAUGUUGGAAGUUGAGGCUUCCUUUGCCAGCCGGCCGAUGCUAAUGCGGCUUGCUGAGAGUAUCCUCCGUCAUGCCUUGACCCACGUGCCUGCCGCAUGCAAGCAGGACUUUGCUGUCCUUGCUGCCCACCGAAGAAGCAGCAACAGCGGCAGCAGCAGCAGCGGCGGCGGCAGCAGCAGCAAGGAGAAUGCGCAGACGCACGAUGCACACAUGGACAUUUUAGCGUCUGUCGCUUCUCAGCCUUUUGAAGUGAUCACCUACUCUGAAGCCCUGCGUCGCCUUCAGGAGGAAGGUGUCUCACUUGAGUGGGGGAACGAUUUGGGGGCUGAUGAGGAGAAGCUGCUGCUGCAGCAGACGGCGCGCAACAACGGCAGCAGCAGAGGCCUUGUCAUUGUAGACCAUGCUCAGUCUCUCAAACCUUUUUACAUGCGAUUCAACUCUGCCGGUGACUCACCCGUGGAUAGACAGAGAGACAAAAACAGCAGCAGCUGCAGCAACAACAGCAGCAGCAGCAAUGGCAACACUGUGGCUUCUUUCGACAUUUUACUGCCCAGCGUCGGGGAGGUAGUAGGAGGAUCUCUGCGAGAAGAAAGGCUGCAUCUUCUUGAAAAAGCCAUGCGGGAGAAGGGCGUGUCCACUGAAACGUACGGUUUCUACCGCGACCUCCGCCUCUAUGGCUCUCACCCCCGAGGGGGCUUUGGGCUUGGGCUGGACCGGCUUCUGCUUCUCCUCACAGGGCUCUCCAACGUCAGAGACACAAUUCCUUUUCCGCGGGCACCCCGAUAUGCUCCCUUAUAG